AAUUAUUUUCGUCUUCUGAAUUAUCAUAUCGCGCGCUAUUGUUUAAUUUUUUCACGUGCUCACUUCCGUCACCAUUAAUUUAACCGCGUGUGCUUCUAGUCAGUCAACGAAGAACAAAUUGAUUGUUAUUUGUGUGAUCAUUAUCAUUAGAAAGAUUGAAGAAGUUUUCUAAGGAAGAAAAACGUAGAGGAAAAAGAAAGAAUAAUAAUAAUAAGAGGAAAAAUUUAUUUACUGAGCGGAAAAACUUUGUUGAUGUUACAAAAAGAUUUUAAAAGGAAAAUUGCAAUUGUGAGAUGAUAGAACAAGGUGAAGGUGAAGAAAGUUUUAUUGGAAAACAAUUUGAGUUGCUAAUGAAUUGCUCGAUAUCAAAGAAGUUGAUUUCUGAUGAAUUUGAGGAAAAGCAUUAAUCAGUGGAGAUCCAACAGAAAACUUCUUCAGAAUCAAAGCUUCAAUUCCGAGAAGAACUGAAAGGAAAGAUUAGAAAAUUUCUCUCGUAGGACGAAAAAUCGAUAAAAACCUUUAAAGACUAAAAUUUGGAGUGCAGAGAAUUAAAGUUUGAAUUACACAAUGGAAGCGAAUUGCUUCUGUUGUCAAUUUAGUCUGAAUACAGCAGGCAUCAUUAUAGGUGUGUACGAGAUAGUUCAAUACACGCUGUUGUUCUUCUUCGCCUUGCACUUCUUUAAAGACGAUUCAGAUGUUCUUACAUUUGGUACCUGUUUAUGUGCUCUCAUCAUUGCGUCAGCGUUGCUAGUCUACGGUUCAUUUAAGAAUAUUAGAAGAUAUGUAGUAUCCUGGAUCGUCGUUGUUGUGAUGAUAGUUCUAAUCCAAUUGAUGAUUCUUUUUGAUGUCAUUCCUGUUGUUAGCAAGAAGAGUACAGGAACGUCUGACAAAUCAUAUUUGUACACAGGUCUUGAAUUGUUUCUGUUAGAAGGCAUUUAUGCAUUUUUCGAUUAUGACAGCAAAAAAAACAAAGGAAUUUGCAAGCAGGAAGACUGUAAAGCUUCUAUUACGAUAGGUCCUUUUUGUUCCGGACCUGGUCCGGAACAGACAAAGUUUGAUACUUCUGACCUUUCCAGGAAUCAUAUUCGUUUUGACUUAAUGUUUUCUUGCUUUCAAAGUCAGUUCUUGAUUAAACUUUCUCACAGAAUGAAGUCAAAAUUGAAAACUUUUUUCAUUAUCUCAACAUUAAUUUAUGCAGUUGCAAAGUUACUUCAAUUUUCGGUUUAUCUUGAAACUAUUGUGAAUGUGAUACAAGAUGAAGAUUGCUCUUCCUGUAUAACAGAAUAUUUUGAAAUGGCUUUUAUUAUUUCCAUUUUCGUCCCGCUGGGCUUUCUCGUGUAUGGAGUUAUAAAGCUCAAGCAAUCUUAUGUUGGGAUUUGGCUAGUUGUUCACAUUAUUCUUCUAUGUUAUCAUUGCUUCAUUCAGUAUAUGAUUCGUUUUGAGGGAAACUCACAUGAAUAUUCCAAAGAAACAAUCAUUUCUAAAACAAUUGAGCUUCUUUCUCAUCGUGAAAGUGAAGUUAAAUCAAAUAAAACAAAAAUCAUGUUGUACAAAAAUAUCUGCGGAAUUAAUUUGAAUUUAAUCAAAUCAGCUCUUGUUAUCGGAUGUUAUGAUAUUUUCGCUAUUAUCAUGUUAAUUAUCGUGGAAGUUGAAUACUUCUCACAAAUUCUACGAAUUGUUUUAGGAACACUUUUCUUGAUUCAAAUUUUCGCCUACAACGUUUUUGAAAACAUCUCUUACAGGUUUCUCUACACGCUUCUUGAAGUUUUUGAUUACGUGGUUCUUAUUUCAAGUUUCUUUUUGGUUUUGAGCUUAUACAAUCAACUAAAGCAUCGAGAUCAAAACGAUUUCACCAGACUGCAGAAUGAAGUGUGAUGUGGAAAAUGUUUUCUUUCUUUUUUAUGCUUAGUUGUAGAUUAUUUUUCAUGUUACGCGCUCUCGAUUAUUUAAGUGCAUUAAAAUGUUUAUGAAAAUGAGAA